UUGACCACGAAUUGACUCCUUUCAAUAUUAAGAAAUUGGUAAAUAAUGGACACACAACCAGAGUGCUCUUUGAAUCUGAACAAGAUACCUUCAUUUGCGAGAUGUAAGUCUCUUGGUUAAUUGAUAAGCAUUGGGCCGAGUUUUCAAUAAUCGCCAGAAUGUCAAUUAAAUAUCAAAUUAGAUGGUAAUGAGAUACUCAAGAGAGACAUUUAUAAUUUGUUGAAGCAUUUGAUAUUUACUGAGACAUAUUAGAAGCAAUCCUUCACUGUGAUUUUCGAUACAUGUCCUCCUUAUUCAAAAGCAUUCAAUGCCUUGUAUUAUGCAGUGUUAUUGCAUGGAGUGAGAAUGAAGGAUUCAUUUGCAUCGUGUUCAGCUUUUUUAGACGAAAACAGACGACUUGUUGUGGAUAGAAGGGAGAAACAAUGGAGUGCAAAGUUGAAUUUGGUUUACUCAAUUAAUUUAUAACAAAUAUUGUGUUCGGAUGUGAUGGGACAAUUUAAUAAUGAUGAUUUGGGGUUGUUGAUCUCUGGAUGUAUCAGUGGAUGCAAUCAGAUAUAUAAUUUUAUUAAAGAUCUCUGAGCAUAUAAAUUUGAUUCUAGAUUUUAAACAUAUAAAUAAUUAAUUGUUAAAUAU